GGAAUAAUCUAUCAAAUAAUUCUAGACAAAAGAUAAUAGGAAAUAAUCAUAAGAGUACGCCUAUGGAGUGCUCUGUCUCGAUAAUAAACUCACGACACAUUGUUUUGCAGUGUUACAAGAAAACUAAAUAAGUUUUGCAAUCAUUCUUCAAAUUAUUUCUGUAGUUCACGCGAACGAAGACGCAGGCCACAGCUAUCACCAUGGAUUUAGGCCCCUUUGAUCUCUCCGCGUCAAUUGGGACAGUAAAAGAGCUCUACCAACCUUUGCAACCUGAUGACAUAAAAGCUACCGAGAACAGCAUAGAACUUAUGGAAUGGUUGCGAUCGAAAUUUUCUACUGGAUAUGGACAUAUGCCACCGUUGGAUCCCCUAGAAAAAUCUUCACUGGAACCCAUUCGUGUUGUACAGGGUGUAGUAGAUGCUGACGUACAUUUAACCAAUUUACGUAUCGAUGGCGCCAAGGAUUUUGAUAUAGAUUUAGCAGAAAUACGCAUGAGUAUCGAUACUGUAAAUGCAAACAUCACUCUACCUCAGAUAAACAUCAAUGUUGAUUUCUACAUAGAUGUGAUCCUAGGUGUAGUACCUUUGAAAUUCACAGGACAUCUAGAGUCGAUCACGACAGGUCUAAAUGUUGUUGGAGUGUUCAGCUCAACAGAGACUAUGAUGAACGGUAUUAUGACUUUCCAAGUAACUGAUGACAAACUUCAAAUAACAGCUGAUAACUUAAGGAUAAUACUGUCAGAUUUAUCUAUAAAGCCGGAUGAAGACAAUGUGCGGACGUGGUGGGAAUACCUGAAGGAGGACAUAGCUAGCGUUAUUAAUACUAUGUUGGUUCAAGAAAUCAAUCAUGCAAUAAUGCAUUAUUCAACGCAACAAAUUCGCGAUUUCUUACUAGCUCCAUAGUAUUUUAUAUCUUGAUACAAAGGGUACCAUAAUAUCAUAUAAUAAAGUAAAAUACAAAAUGAA